AUGUCACGAAAUUGUUUUGUGCCAUCGCGUAAAGAAUUAUACCCCUGUAACAGGUCUACUAACAAGCUCUUAGGAAUUCGCAACAAAACAUUGUUUGAAGAGCCCAAGGAUCCUAAAGUCUUAACACAAUGGAUUAAAGCAAUUCCACGAUCCGUUCGGAAUUUGAGGCCAAGAAUAGACUGUGUGUGUGAGAAGCAUUUUGAUGAAACCAGUUUGAUAAAGUAUUUUGAAACUAAGAUGGCUGAUGGUUCAAUCAAAAAAAUUGAAAAAGACAGAAUUUUACUAAAAGAAAAUGCAGUUCCAUCAUUGUUUCCAGAUCUACCUUUCUAUCUGUCUUCUAAAACAAAAAAUGGAAAACAACCAGAUAAGAUUGAAAACCAAUUGAAAAAAACCAUAUUACCUGAUGCAACAUUUAUUACAAAAAUAAAAGAUGAUUUGAUUAUUGGAUGGCUUAAUAAUGACAAUGAUACGAUGUUUAAAAAAAUUAUCAUAUACAAAAGUAAUCUUAAAAUACAGGUAUUUGUCAUGUUGAAUGUUGAAGGAGUAAUGCAAACUGCUACAGACCUUGGAGAUAUCGAACAAAUUAUAGCUAUAGUAAAUAAUUUACAAGCUUAUCUUCAGCUAAUAUCUACUAUAAGGCAUAGAGAAAGAAAACAAAAAUUAAAGAAACUGAAGACCAUUGGUAGAGUGAAAAACAUUACUCGAAAGAAUAGGAGACUUAAUAAUAACGUGUUGAAGUUGAAAAAAAAGGUAGGCUUGUUAAAACAGAAAUGUGCUACUGCAUCUGCAACAGUAAUUGAAAAUGAAUUACUUAAUUUUCCUGAAAGUCAACAAGAAGCAGUACGUGCUUGUUUUGAGGCUGCUAUAUUAAAAGAUCCUAAAGGAAAUCGUUAUUCUAUUAACUGGAUUUAUGAUUGGUUAAAAUAA